AUGGUUGAUGCAGACCACCUUUCCCUGCGACGCAAAGAGGUCAUCAAUGAUGACUUGCCUGUUGGAGAGAUCCUGGAGCGCUGGCCUGCCCUAAAGAUGGAGUCACAGAUUUGUGCAGAGUUUCACAGAAUCACAAACAUCAACCUGAAGAACCACUUCUAUUCUGAGUUAGACAGACAUGUCCCUCGUCUUCAGAGUUUGUUCAGGAAGAAAGCUGCGCGCACAGGGAAGGUGUCUGAAGUCCUGGAUCAGCUCUUCAACACUUAUGACCGCCAGGAACAAGUUGACGUCAAUGUCCUCCGUGCUGCCGUCCUCCGUGCUCUCCCUACAUAUCUGCAUGAGGAUGACUCCGGAUUUCUGAAGCUGUGGGAUCAGGCCCUGUCAGAUGAACUGCAAAUCGACAACAUACCAGUUGGGCUCCUCCUGAUCAGUGCCACUUCAACAGAUGCUGCGGUAUUCUGCCCCGAGAAGGUUGCCGUUGUGCUUGAGGCGCCAAACUUUGAGAAGCCCUUUAAACUUCAGGUGGACGCAAGUGGAGUUGGUGCAGGAGCUGUACUGUUGCAAGAAGGGAAGGGGCUAUUGAUCAUCCAGUCUGCUUCUUCUCCCGGUUUGGCGUCAUCUGGUGGUUGGCGGUGGCAUGCCUGCUGGUCGUGGGAGACUCGCCAGCUGGUCGUGGGGAGACUCGCCCACCUGCUGCUGAUUGCGGAUGGGCUUCACCUGGGUGGAAGGGCAUACAAACCGGGCUGCCAUAGCUUUCAGGGGGUUCCUCGG